CACAGUCACAUCACACAAUCGCCUCCCUGACAAGUAAAUAAAAAAACGUCUAAAUAAUUGUUCAAUUUUUUUGUGUGUGUUCGCAAGCCAGAUCACUGAGUAAUGCAGGAGGUGCGACAGCCCCGUAUCGUGGUGGUGGGUGCCGGUGCAGCUGGACUCGGUGCAGCCGCCAAGCUAAAUCAGCUGGGCUUUACUGAUGUCACUCUGUUGGAAGCAAGUCAACAGGUUGGAGGCAGAAUAGCAAAAGCCCAAUUAGGAAAUGUCUGGGUUGACACUGGGGCUCAGUAUAUUCAUGGUGCAUCUGACAAAAACCCAGUCUACCGUCUAUUAGCCCAAUCUGGCCGCCUCAGCCAAGUACCUAAAGAAAGCAAAAGCAUAUUUUACAGAUGCAAUGGAUGCAAAGUCGAAGAAGAUUUCAGCGAAUAUGUGUAUGAGGCUGGAGAAAGAUUAUUAAGGUAUUUUUGUAGUAGUAUUGAAAAAAGCAUAGGAGAACACUAUGCAGAGAAAGCUCAGGAGUUCAUUGAGACGCAUCGAGCUGAUGAGAAGAUGGUAGUGCAGAGCAUUCUUUCCUUAGUUGGAAAACAGUUUCUGGUUGACAUUGGUGGUUCAGACCUUCAUGAUAUUUCUUUGGCUUCAUGGGAAUAUUAUGUCAACAUGGGACAAGACCUCAAUGUGGAAGGGCAUAUGUUUCAUAUAGUGGACAGGUUAAUGGAGGACAUCCCUAAGGGGAGUUUGCUCCAGAAUAAAGCAGUGAGCAAGAUUAAAUGGGACAGCUCUUUUACUGGUGAAGAAGGCCGGGAGUACCCUGUGUGUGUGGUGUGUGAAGACGGUGAUGAGAUUUUGGCAGAUCAUGUAAUUAUCACCAUAUCUCUUGGCUGCCUCAAAGCUCAAGCAACUGAAUUGUUCGAUCCAAGUCUCCCAGCAGGAAAGCUGGAGGCGAUUACUAAACUCGGUUUUGGCAAUAUUGGAAAGAUCUUUCUGGAAUAUGAGAAUGCAUUCUGGGAAAAUGAUGUCAGUAAUAUUAAUUUUAUUUGGGAUGAUGACUGCGUUAGAUCUGUGCGCACCGAUCAAGCUCAGUGGUUGAAACAUCUUCAACUGUUCACUGUGAUGAGACCUCAAGAAAAGUUUGGAAAUGUUUUAAUUGCUUGGUGUCCUUCGGAUGUAGCUGACCUGAUUGAGACCAUGUCAGAGCUAGAGUUAUCCAGUGGCAUCACUGAACAUAUCAGGAUGUUUACUGGAAAUCAACAUAUUCCUCCACCCAAGACAGUUCUGUGCACACAGUGGCGUAGUAACUGCUUUAUAUGUGGUGUUUGUAGUUUCAUCCCUGUUGGUGUAGAUGCAGUGGUCAUGGAUACCCUGGCACAACCUUUAGUGGGCAAAAAUAACUCAAGCAAGGAUCUUCAAGUUUUGUUUGCUGGAGAAGCAACUAUGAAGUCUCUGUAUGGUACAGUGCAGGGAGCUCUGAUCUCUGGACACAGAGAAGCAGAGAGACUGCUGCAAUAUUACAAAGAAAGCUUGCUCACUACUGUUUCCUCUGCCACUUAAAGAGAAUAUCAAAUAUGCUGCACUUAAGUCAUUCAUUUCAUGCCGCAAUGUGUCUUCACAUACCAGAAUGUCAUGCUUGAAUAUCGCCCAUUGUAAUUAUGA